AUGGGCAAGAAACCAAGUGUCUGCCAUAAACUGGAGCUAGCUGCUGUGGGGCUGGAAGAAACUUUGUUGAUUAGUUCAAAAUGUAGCGGCAAGAAGGCCACAACUUUACAGACAGUUAGGGUGCCAAGGAGUGAUGUUUUGGACCGAGUACAGAGCUUUUUACCACAGAUGGCACAUGCCAAUGAUGAGCUAAGAAGAAAAAUGGUAACAGCACCAGCUCAUCAGUUUGAUAUUGAAAAUCUAGACAGUGCAACAGAAAAAGUAAUAGAAAUGAAUGUGGCUGUAGUUGAACUGAGUGAUUCUGAUACAGAUGAAGAGAUACUAACUUCAGAAGAUGACUCAGAUUCUGAAGAUGACUGUACAACUGAUGAAGUGACAAUAGACAACAUUAAGUUUCCUAAACAAAAGGAAGAAAAGGGCAAAAUAGAAAUUUUGGACAGCAAAGUGAAUGAGUAAAUCCAUUUUUAUUUUA